GAUGUUAUACUAAUUCUAGUCUGUUCAAUGUUCUACAAUUAGAUCGAUACAUUUAUUUACUUGUAAUGUUUUUCCAAAAUAAAUUUUUAAAAUAUUUAACUUAAAAAAGUGCCUAGUGUUGUAUUUUGCAUGGAUCAUAAAUUGUAUUAUAAAUUUUAAAGUAUAAGCAUAAUUUUGAAUGAUUUUAACAUAUUUUACAAUUUUUCUGGAAGGUCAACAUAAGGACUGAAUAAAUCCAUCAUGGUUGAUAAUACUUGGACCGUAGUACAGUUCUUAGAUGACACAACUGUUGAAGCUGUACCAUCAUCAUGGAUUCAAGGCAAUAAUUGCCAUUGGCCUUCUUUUGCACCAGAAAAAUUAAUUAAUGCAAUUAAAAAGUCAGAACCACUCAACACUUGUUGGCCAAGCCAUCAAAUCAAGAUUUUCCGUAAUGCAACCUUUAAUGAUUAUUGGAUAGCAAGAAAUAAAGCUAAAAUUGCAGAGAAUACCAGUGAGUUAGAAACUGAAUCAGAUACUGGAAACAAUAAAAAGAGAAAGGUUAUUCAAAAAAUAUUAUCCAGCAGUGAUGAGGAAUCUAUAGAAGAAAGUAUUUUACCAUCUCCUCCAAAAAUUAAAAGACCAUCAAAAAGAAAUUAUGGUCAAGAAAACAAAAACAAUGGACUGGAAAUCAUGGUACAAAAAUCCACUAACGAAGUAGAUUCUUCUUCAUCUGAUCCACUUUGUCAGAAAAAUUUAAACAAUUUGAGUUCUAUUACAUCUAUUAAUGAUGAAUCUAUCAUCAGAGAAUCAACUGUUCAGACAACACAGUGCAAAUGUCGUUUCGAAAUAGGUGAAACUGUAAAGCCACUUUUACAACAAGGUCACAUCUUAAGAGGCAUGAUGUUGGAAAUAUUAGGUGAAGUAAAACAAUUAAGACAAGAGCUGGUAGCUAGAACACAAACUACAAGCAAAAGCUUUUUCAGAUCAGUUUCUUCAGUGGUAUUUCCCAUAUCUUGUGAUGAAGAUAUGGUUUUAUUUGAGGAAUAUUUACAAGACUCCACAGAUUUUAAUAAUGCAGUAUCGGAGCUUGUUAAAGUAGGCGGAUCGAAAGCCUAUGAUUUUGUCUCAAGAGUUGGUAAAUUAAUUAUUACCAAUGAGCAAGCUCUAAAGUACAGUUGGCUGGGACAAAAAGGAAAACAAAAGUUUUGUGAUACCAGAAUUGCAAAUCUAAUAAUUGAGGCAUUAAUAGCAACAAAUUUAACAAAAACGACAAAAGAAGCACAAUCAGCUAUUCAGUUUGGUUAA